GCGCUCAUUCUCGGGGAAAGCUCGGGCCAAGCAUGUGGAAAGCGCCGGGUAGAUGUCGGAACAGGACCACCCUAGUUUUCCAUUGAAGCUGCCAACACUUUGCCAAACAUCGCGAGCAACCUCGGAUUUCCCUCAACCACGCCAUUCCUCUCUUGCAAGACAAUUCUCCAAUUGGCUCAGUACGGGCAGUUUGUCAAGUGGAUAUAUCAACCUCGACACAAUGUCUGCGACAACCACAAUCUACAAUGGCCUCUUUCGGAGGAAUUGGACCAUGCUGGGAGUCGUCUUCGCAAGUGCCUUUGUGUUUGAGCUGGGCUACAACACGACGAUGAACAAGGUCUGGGACAACAUAAACAGAGGGCGUCAAUGGAAGGAUAUACGGUCGAAGUACGUCACCAACGAUGACGAGGAGGAGUAAUGGGCAUAUUGCAGCGGCCAAGGCAAUUCUGAAGGAUGCCAAAGACUUUGGAAGUGUACAAAAUCUAGAGCAGGAACUGGCUGUAGAGUGUCAAAACACCGAUUCCCAUCAUACAAAGGAUUUUCGCCCUUCGAUAAAUGGUGGAUGUGAACAGUGGUGCUCCUAACAUGCAGCCUGCAACUCGGCACACCGGGAAAGCCAGACAAGGAUAUGAGUGAAGGAAAGGGAAUUAUUGUGACUGUUCAGGACUCGAGUGGCCUCCAGAGAGGCUCACAAGAUUGGGGCAUAAUGACGAGAGCUCAGUAUUUCUAGGCGCUUGGCCUGUGAUUCGUUACACUCUUAGCCCAACGAGGGGCGACUCAGUAGUGUACGUAGGCACCACAAGGCACCUUCAAGCAACCCCCACAUCUCUCUUCUGCGUUGGCGAUCUC